GCCUCGUGCUUCAUACCAACAAGAUGUAUAAGUCCACGUGUCUUCUUCUGCUGAUUCUCAGUUGUAUACAACUGCAGGAGGUGGUUGGUCGUCGUUCGCCGGAAACCUCCUCCUCCAGGAAAGAAGGACCGUCGGGAGCCAACCUCAUGCCAGACACCCAAGCCAACAAGGUCCAGCCAGGGGUCAAGAACUCUGGAUCCUCCGGGAAGACCUCCUCCUCCUCCAGGAAAGUCGGACCGUCGGGAGCCAACCUCAUGCCAGACACCCAAGCCCACAAGGACCAGCCAGGGGUCAAGAAAUCUGGCUCCUCCGGGAAGACCUCCUCCUCGAGGAAAGGCGAACCGUCGUCCUUCGUGAAAGCCGUCGCGCUAGAGAACAAGAACAAGAACAGGAUGAACAAGCAGAAGGCCGAUGCCCUGGACCUCAGCCAUCUUCUCCACCCCAAGAAGAACAACAGAGGUGCAGAAGAAGACGCUGUAGACGGCAGCAACGACGUCGUACCUUACGUGAAGAUUCCCUUACACAAGAAAGCGGUGAUGCCUAAUGAACGACAACUCGGGUUCUGUUACACCACUGACGGCAGAAUGUACGAAACGGGAGACAUCUACACUGAUAACUGCAUCCUGUACCUCUGCCUGGUCGAUGAUGGGUAUCCCUUGGGAACAAACCAGUCAUGCUGUUGGGGCGAGGAUAUGAACUUACACCCAGAUGGUUCCACUUACGAUGUCUACUGCCAGACCUUCCUGUGUGACAACGGAACUCAGAUUACCACGAACACCAACGUCACCGAAUGCUGCGUGGAUAUGAACGGCCAAUGGUACGAGAACGGAGAACUUUAUUCCGUUAACUGCAAGGAGUGGCAGUGUGUCGACGGAGUGGCUGUGGAGACUUACAACCCAACAGCUGAGUGUUGCCGCGACGUGGAUGGGAAAUGGCAUGCGAACGGAGAGACAUACGUGUACAUGUGCGACGCCUACCUGUGCGACGGCGGCACUUCGAUCGUGCAGGAUGAAAUCGUGGACAGAUGCUGUAUGGAUAGCAUGGGCGAGUGGCAUGCGAAUGGGGACGUAUACAGUGACCAGUGCCAAGAAUUCAUCUGCAGUAGCGGUGUUGCUUCGUUUUCACAUUACCCGGCCCACGACUGCUGCAAGGACAACGUGGGCAACUGGCACCAACACAUGGAGACUCUCACGACAAACUGCGAGGUGUUCAUUUGUAUCAACGGCACCGUCACGUGGACACCUGGUCAUGCCGAAGAGUGUUGCGCGGACAGCCAAGGCAACUGGUAUAUGAAUGGGUUUACUUUCUACGACAACGGAAAUGAAUACCAGUGUCAAAAUGGUGUCUCUGUCCUCAUAAACGAAGGUGUUGGUACUACACCUUAGUAAGAGGAGCGCGAAAGGGGAGGAGAGAGAUGAAGAGGAAGAAGUAGAAGGAGGAGGUAGAAGAGGAGAGGAGGAGGAGGACGAGGGAAGAGUAUAGAUGGAGGAGGAUGGGAAAGAAAAAAUAUAAGAAGGAGAGGAGAAGGAGGAGGGGGGAACAAGAAAUGAAGAAGAAAGAAAGAAAAAAAAGAAAAGGAGAAGAACAUACAGAAGAAGAAAAUUGUACAUCAGUUAGUCAUAAAGAUAAUCAGUUUUAGAAGCUUCCAUUAUAUCAUUGGCUUCAUUACCACUCUUUACUAACAAAUAUGAAUACCAAUGAAAGAUCAAAAUAAAAAGUCAUAUAUCA